GCGCAGUCGGCGUGUCAAGGGGUGGCACGGAGCGGUGGUGGUUCAACUGAGUGCUUUAGUCGCCACCGCAGUAGGGAUGACUUUCUUUAAGAAGACGUUCGCGUGCCACUAUUUUCACUCGUUUGUUUGGUGUCUUUGUUGUGUCUCUUCCCCGUGACCUUCCGGGGAGCCAGGUCACCGCUAGGCAGCCGACUCGCAAGGCAGGCAGCACCGCUGUGUGUUAGAGAACAGGAACUGUCUUGCUCGGUGCUCCCGCUGUGAACUCAUGCAAACCAUUUGUCGUGGCGUUCUCUUCUACGGUCUUUCUUCCCAUGAGACAUAAAUAUGCGUCAUGGGUUAUCUGUAUUCAGCAAACGUGUGGCCUUUCAAAUUCCGUAGUCUCAAAGCAAUACGCUGCGUCACCUCUCGACCUGCGACACGGACUUCGAUCUGUACACGGCGCGCUCGGUCUCUCGUGGGGGCUAGCAGGAGUCGUUAAACUUCUAACUGCGCUAAAAGGGGAUUGAGUUAUUUGACGAAAAGUAACUUCCCAGGAAGAAGGGCCUCCGUUUCGGCCUCUCGUUCAUAUUUGACGUUUCAGCACCGUUCUCGAGAUGGCAGUUGCGAAGUUGGACGGCAAGACGUUGCCUGCGCUGCGUCUUGCCCUAUGUGGUGAAGGCAACGCAGUGACGACUUGGUGGGCGGCAAUGCUGCUACAGUCAGCGGCAUUUGAGGUGGUUGCUGCGUGGUCCCGUGACAAGAGCGAAUCCCUCGAUAUCGCACAGGCAUUGACCGCUAACGGAAAAGGCACGGUGAAUGCUUACUGGGAAAAGACCGGCGAUUUAAGCGGCAUUGGCACGCGACCUGGUUCUGCUGUACAACGAGCUGGGGCAGGAGAGACGGGGCUCGAUGCUCUGUUGCAACGCGAUGAUGUUGAUGCAUUCAUCCUAGUGCUGCCCGAAGACUCGCAUACCAUUGUUCUCGGCGAAAUCUUCCAAAAGUGCCCACGAAAGCAUGUUUUUUCGGCCAACCUUCCUUCCUUCAAUCCGUCUAUUAUGAAGCAUCUAAUCUCGCUGUACAAUACCGUCUCGUUGGGUCCUAGCCAAGGGUCUGAGACAGGUAGACGACCUGGAGUGUGGAGUGCCUGCAGCGUCUUCAAGCAUGAGGUGGCCGUGUGCAAGCUGCAAGCGAUUUUGAAGGAUCUGGGACCGAUUGUUUCCGGAGAGCUCAUCGCUACCUCCAUGAUGCAGAAUGUCACUGUUACCAGCGCCGGCAGUUUCGGCGGCAAACGCGCGCCUCGCACAGCAGCACAACAACGAGAGCUGCUGAGUGCUGUCUGUUCAGCAUACAGCGGUCUUCUUCGACAUCUGUUGGGCGAUUUGGAUUCCCUAUCAGCCGUUCGCGGCUCAAGUGCGACGCUAUGCGGCCAAAUGCAUUUUCAGAGGGGCGCUAACGUAGCUGUGACGGUAGAUCUCCUCAGCAAAACGAAUAUGUUUUCCUUCACCAUAUGGGGCAUUAAAGGCUUUGGCCGUCUGACUUGGGACGAAGAAAAGAAAGCGUUUGAGGUGCAAAGGUAUCUUCAUCACUAUGAGCAUCCUACUCUCCACCCUGUGACUGGACCGACAUGGUCAGUUAAGCAAUGGGUCGAAACCAUCUGGCAUACUGCAAAAAGAGAAGGCAUCAAGGAAUCGAACCCUCAGAAGCCUGAGUUCAUGCUGGUGGACCUGGUGACAAGCACUGCAAUGGUGGAUUCUGACGGUGGUAUUGUCCGGCUGUGCGCAACUCCUCAGAGCCGUCCCGACACCAACGCGCAGAGUCAACGGGUUUCUCAAUCGCGUCGCGAGGACAACGAAGUGCUAGCAGCUGCAUGAGCGACUCUAUCAGAGAGCGGCAUUUCUAUGGAAUCACUAAAUUUCAUUGAUCAAACCUCCUGAGGGGAGUAAACCGCAAAGCUGCGUGUCUGCUGUUGGGACUGCGAGUCCUGUCGAAAACUGCUCAAAAGGUCACGUGCCGUUAAUUUGUUUUGCUGGUGGAGCAUAUGUUUCUUCUGAUAGGCGUUCCGGAUGGAGAAUUAGUAAUUUCUCGUGUUUUCUUUGCCGAGUGAAACUGCGCUCUUCACGGCUUAAAAAACACGGACGCCCCCAAAGGUUAUCAUACUUUCCAAGUGUCGAAAACUUCACUAGCAAAUCUGUGAUUACACGAGGCUGCGAAAAAAACACAGAGAAUGGGUACGAUGGGUGCUUGCCAGUGUCCCGCCACAGUCGUCAGCGUUCUCGAGUGACGUGGCGGAGAAAUGAUCUGAUACGCCAAGCUGCAAUGCCCAGAUGUGGAGUUUAAACUAUGCUGCUGGUGUCGCAGACGUUUUCUUCCAGUUGCUUUAUUUAGAGUUCAAUUGCACAAUUACGUUUCCACGUGUUAUCAGCUCACGCUCAAACACCCCAACCACAAACGGUGGAAUACUUUGUGAUUCUUGACGACUGGUUAGUACUCGUGUGUCACGGAGGAAAUUGUCAGUCUGUUGUUGCUCGGGGAACGAGUAAAUCUCUUGAAAGGAUAGUUGUGCCCCGCUGUGGCAGAUGUUCUUCAGUUUUUGGAUAGGGAUCUAUGUACAGAAUUCAAGCUUGCAUUUAACACAGUCCUUAGAGAACUUACAUGGUCUUGCUUCCCGCUAGUAGCGAUCUAUGUCCAUUAGAAUCUUCUUUUCCCGUAGACACUACAUCGCAUCUGUACCCUUUCUCGUGAACUAUUAACUUCCUGAAGGCGGCACGCGCCGUGUCGUUUUCGGCGGUAGCUCUCAAGUGACUCGUGUCAUCGAUAGGUUUAUGUUCAUGAUCAUUCGCAUCAUCCACCAUUCCAACAGAAGCCCAUUGAUCGAACUUCGCGACACAGGGAUCGCUCAGGGCUCCUGGAUGUGUAAAAACGCAGAAGGUCCAUGUAGAAGCAUUUCAAAAAGUGGCGGUGUGGCUCUCGAUGUUGCGAACUGUCGAUUAACUCCAGCGCGACCAGACGC